CAUUGCUCCCAACAAUCCUUUUCAACCCUUAGAAACCUGAGCUUCUAAGAUAUUCCCCCUCCUUCAAAAUUCACUUCAACCUUUUAUUUUUCCUUCUUUUUCUCUUUCUACCCUCUCAAUUUAAAUACCCCCUCUAUUUACAACCUUUUUUCCUCCCCUUCUCUUCUUCCUCCUUACAUUCUCUCUGUUUUUUUUCUUUUCCUCUGUUAAUACUUUUCUUCACUAGUUAAUUAUGGAUCCAACUUCUUCUGUUAAUGGGUUUUACACUUUCUUAACAAGAGGAAUAGAUGAUCUAGAAAGAGUUUUCCUUUCUAAUAAUUUCAUGUCAAUUCAAUUUCUCCAAAGAACUCUCUCUUUACUUAGAUCAUUCCAUUCACAAUUAACACUACUUGUUCAAAAACUUCAUCUUCCUGUAGGAGAUAAGUGGCUUGAUGAAUACAUGGAUGAAAGUUCUAAACUUUGGGAAGCUUGUCAUGUCCUCAAAUCAGGCAUCUCUACUAUGGAGAAUUACUACUCUUCUGGCCUUAACAUCGCUUCGUCUCUCGACGGCCAUCGUUAUAUCACUCCUCAGCUCUCUCGCCAGGUGAUAAGGGCGCUAUCAGGGUGUAGAAGAGAAGCAAUAGGAUCAGAAGAGGAAAACAGAGCAUUGGUAGAGACUAGAAUCCAAACAUUAUCUCUUAGAUUCGACGAAAAAGUAUCAAUUGAAUCAAAAUUGAAUGGGUUCAAUGGGUUCAGAGGAGUACUAUAUGCAAUGAGGAAUGUUAGCUCUUUACUACUGAUGAUUCUACUAUGUGGGUUAGUGUACUGUUGGCCAGAGUCUAACUUUUUAAGAGGAGGAUAUGAAGGGUGUGUGAUCUUUGGAUCAGCUUUUAUGGUAUCAACAGCAAGAUUGCAACAAAGGAUGGUAGCUCAGAUUAAUCAAAUCAAUGGUGGGAGGCCUGGAGUUCUAUUAUACGAGUUUCGAAGAUCGAAAGCGGCCAUGGAAGAGCUUAGGGCAGAGUUGGAGAGGAGAGGAGGUGAAAGAGUGGAGUGGGAAUCUGAAGUGGGGAUAAGGGAGAGAGUGGACAAUUUAAAAGGUAGUUUUGGUGUGUUAAGAUCUGGUGCUGAGAAUAUUAUUAGCCAACUUGAUGAUUUCUUUGAUGAAAUUGUUGAAGGAAGGAAGAAACUUUUGGAUUUUUGCAGUCACAGGUAAAUUAGGAACAGAUUAUUUCACUGAAUGGAUCUAUCAAUGGACAAACAGAAUAGAGUGAAAAGAAAGCAUCAAACUUCAAAACAGCAAAAAAAAAAAAAAAAAACAAAA